GCCAAGCAGCUUCUGAAGAGCUUUCCUCUGCUGUCCUGUUAAUACGAUGUGUCUUCAUGCACUAUUAGUCUGCAAAAAUAGGAGCCAUUAGGAAUUUUAGCACUUUGAGGUACAACAAUGAUGGCUCAAUUGCUUUUCUGGUGGAUUCUGAAAGGGCUUUUUCUGUCUUUCCUGCUCAAAACUGCUCUGUCCCUAAACCCAGAUGAUCCGAAUGUUUGUAGUCAUUGGGAAAGCUAUGCUGUGACAGUACAGGAAUCCUAUGCUCAUCCUUUUGAUCAGAUCUAUUAUACAAGAUGUACUGACAUACUGAACUGGUUCAAGUGCACUAGACACAGAAUAAGUUAUAAAACGGCGUAUCGAAGAGGACUAAGAACGAUGUACCGGCGCAGAUCUCAGUGCUGCCCUGGAUAUUAUGAAAGUGGAGACUACUGCAUACCACUCUGCACAGAGGAGUGUGUGCAUGGAAGAUGUGUUUCUCCUGACACUUGUCAUUGUGAACCAGGAUGGGGAGGUACUGAUUGCUCUAGUGGUUGCGAUAGCGAUCACUGGGGACCCCACUGCAGCAACCGGUGCCAGUGCCAGAACGAGGCCCUCUGCAACCCCAUCACAGGUGCCUGUGUCUGUGCAGAUGGGUACCAGGGCUGGCGCUGCGAGGAGCUCUGUGAGCCCGGGAGCUACGGCAAGGGCUGCCAGUUCCAGUGCCAGUGCCACAACGGAGCGACCUGCGACCACGAGACGGGAGAAUGUCACUGCGCUCCUGGAUACACGGGGGUCUUCUGCGAAGAGCUCUGUCCCCCUGGGAGCCACGGAGCUCAGUGUGAGCUGCGCUGCCCAUGCCAGAACGGAGGGGUCUGCCACCACAUCACCGGGGAGUGCUCCUGUCCUGCUGGCUGGACGGGGCUGGUGUGUGCACAGCCGUGUCCUCCUGGGACAUUUGGAAUUAAUUGCAGCCAGGACUGUCCGUGCCACAACAGAGGACACUGUGAUCCCGUGACAGGAAAAUGCAUUUGUACACCCGGCUAUAUUGGAGACAGGUGUCAAGAAGAGUGUCCAAUUGGGACAUUUGGUUUCCAGUGCACACAAAGAUGUGACUGCCAAAACGGUGCAAAGUGUUACCAUGUGAAUGGAGCAUGCAUGUGUGACCCAGGAUUUAAAGGGAUUCACUGUCAAGAAAGAAUGUGUCCAGAAGGGUUUUAUGGCCUCAAGUGCAACAAGAGAUGCCCCUGCAAUAUUACCAACACCCUCAGUUGCCAUCCAUUGUCUGGAGAAUGUAGCUGCAAAGCUGGCUGGGCUGGACUGUACUGCAAUGAGACCUGUCCCCCUGGGUACUACGGCGAAGGCUGCCAGCUGACCUGCUCGUGUGAGAAUGGUGCAGAUUGCGACAGCAUCACUGGGAAGUGUACGUGUGCACCAGGAUACAUGGGAGAUGACUGCACCAUUACCUGCAUGGCAGGAACCUAUGGUACCAAUUGCUCAUCAGUUUGUAAUUGCAAAAAUGAUGGUGCGUGUUCCCCCGUCGAUGGUCUGUGCAUUUGCAAAGAAGGGUGGCAAGGAGUGGAUUGCUCUAUUCCAUGUUCAAGUGGAAGUUGGGGUUUUAACUGUAACCAGACGUGUUACUGCACAAAUGGAGCAGCCUGCAGGCCAGCUGAUGGCUUCUGUCUGUGCUCCCCUGGCUGGCAGGGGGACUACUGUGACCAGCCGUGCCCUGAUGGAACAUAUGGUCUUAAUUGCAGUGAACGUUGUGACUGUAACCACGCAGAUGGGUGCGAUCCCGUCACCGGUUACUGCUGCUGCCUUGCUGGCUGGACAGGCAUCCACUGUGACAAUAUGUGCACCCAGGGCCGCUGGGGACCCAACUGCUCCAUCUCCUGUAGCUGUGAGAAUGGUGGAUCCUGCUCUCCGGAGGACGGCACCUGUGACUGUGCACCUGGCUACAGAGGACCCCUGUGCCAAAGAAUUUGCCCCCCUGGCUUCUAUGGACACCACUGCAGCCAGCCAUGCCCUCAGUGCGUGCACAGCAGUGGUCCCUGUCACCACGUGUCCGGGCACUGCGACUGCUUGCCAGGAUUCUUCGGCACCCUCUGCAACCAAGUGUGUCCCAGUGGAAAAUAUGGGAAGAACUGUGCUGAGCUCUGCCAGUGCACCGAGAACGGGACGUGCAAUCCCAUCGAUGGAUCGUGCCAGUGUUUUCCAGGCUGGAUAGGGAAGGACUGCUCCCAGACUUGCCCCCCAGGUUUUUGGGGCACAGAUUGCUUUCAUUCAUGCAACUGCCACAACGGAGCAAUGUGCAGCCCUUACGAUGGAGAAUGCAGAUGUACUCAUGGCUGGACUGGGCUCUACUGCACGCAGCGUUGCCCAGCUGCUUUCUAUGGAAAAAACUGUGCCAACGUCUGUCAGUGUCAGAACGGAGCAGACUGUGACCACGUCACUGGGCAGUGCACGUGCAGGACUGGAUUCACAGGCAAACAGUGUGAGCAAAAGUGCUCACCAGGAACAUUUGGUUAUGGUUGCAAACAACUCUGUGAGUGCAUGAAUAAUGCUACAUGUGACCAUGUCACAGGUACUUGCUACUGCAGUCCGGGCUUCAAAGGAAUCAGAUGUGAUCAAGCGGCUCUUAUGAUGGAAGAAUUAAACCCCUAUACUAAAAUUAGUCCAGCUCUUGGAUCAGAGAGGCACUCAGUGGGAGCAAUCAUUGGAAUUAUUAUUCUCCUUCUAAUUAUUAUGGUCUUGCUGGCACUGUUUGUGUGGUAUCGACGGAAACAGAAGGAGAAGGGCCAUGACAUGCCAAGUGUAUCUUACACUCCAGCCAUGAGGAUGACUAAUACAGAUUACUCACUUUCUGGUGCUUGUGGGAUGGAUAGACGUCAGAACACAUACAUAAUGGAAAAAAGCUUCAAAGAUUAUAUGAAGGAAUCUGUGUGCAGCUCCAGCACUUGUUCUCUGAACAGCAGUGAAAACCCAUACGCCACCAUUAAAGAUCCCCCCAUCUUAACAUGCAAACACUCGGAGAGCAGCUACGUGGAAAUGAAAUCGCCUGGUCACAGGGACUCCCCAUAUUCAGAAAUGCCCACUUCAUCGACAGCCAACAAAAACAUCUAUGAAGUUGAGCCCACCAUCAGCGUGGUCCAAGAUGCCCGUGCCCGGAGUGCCAGUUACCUCCAAAGUCCAUACGACCUGCCUAGGAACAGUCACAUUCCUAGUCACUACGACCUCCUCCCUGUAAGGCACAGCCCAACGCACGGGCCAUCUUGGGACAAGCAGUCUUAAAGGGAUGGACUUCACUGUGCUGCAAACACAAACUCUGAGAAAGCAAAGAGAAGACAAUCCUUUUCUGCACUGCAGUAUGCUGACAUGACUUUAGGCUGCAAGGACCUAACAUAACUAAACAUCAGCUUGGGCCAGCUGCUGCUGCAUGAUGUUAUUUAAAAAGACUUUUUUUUAUAUGGAUCACAAGAACUGAUUAGAACCUUCUCCAGAUGUCGCUGGAGUGCAUCACCCCUGGAAGAUGUCCACUUGCUCCAGGCAAAAGCUCUCUGCCAUGUGUAUUCUAACCCUGGCUUUGCUGUAAAAUAAAACACAACACACUGAAUAGGAGGACUUAGAGACUUGCAUACAUUUCUACCAAUUGCAUCAGAAAACCUUGUAACGUUAGGAACACUGGAAUACAGUUUAUAUCUCUGUCAUGGAAAUGGACAUUUUUCUGAAUGAAAGUAGGAAAGCUGCUUGUUUCACUGUCUGGAAACCUCAUUUACUGCCAUCACCAUGGGCAUCCUGUGCAGGUCAUGCUUGGUAAUUAGAGCUCUGUUCAUCUUCGUAUUCAGUACCAGGGUACUGGAGUACAGGAAUAUCAACGUAUUUUUAAAUUGUAACACCUUGGCAAAUGUCCAGUGAUCUUUGUCAACGAUUCAAGUUUAAGCAAUGAGUCUCAUGCCCAGCUUACUGCACUUUGACCAAGCUAGAAAUAUUUUGGUACAGCUAUGCUUUAAUUUUCCUUGUACACUUUCUUCAUUAGAUAAAUGCACACCUUCACCUGCGUCCUGGGACACUGUGGGUUUGCACAGACCAACCCUGGUUCAGUUUGCUAACAGUAGGGUGCAUUGGCUUCAUCACUGGCAAACCCGGUCACCACGAUGCACCUGGCAGCAUGCCCUUCAUUACACCCUUUAAUUUGAUGUGCAUUACCAUGUAGUGCAACUUUAUCUGUUGAUGAUUUUACCUGACAUGCCAUUACAUUGAGCUGAAAAUGGGUUUCUUUUUUCAGCAGCUGUUUGUGAAACAAUUAUCAAGGGGUUGACCUAUGGUAAAGCUUUGGACUAAGCCACCAUGAUUUUUUUUUUUGUAAUCUUUAUUGACCUAGAAAGUAGAAUACUUGCCGUUAAGCAGUUCCUUGUAGAUUUUGAGCAUGAAGUAGUAUUGAUUCUAAGUAUGUAAUUUUACUAGGCAAACAUGGAAGUAGCAAGUUGCCUUUUAAAGAUUAAAAAAAUUCUGUUGCACAUUCACCAGUCUGAUGGAAGCAGAAGAGAACCAAGCCAACACCAAGCUAUUUGCUCUACACCUGACCACCAGUGGAGGCUGCUGACCUAGGGGACUGGUAUGAGGACCCUGCUACCAUGGAGACAGCAGCUCAGAGCCAGCUCCAUGUGACAGCAGGCAUCGAGCACCUCAGGUAGGGCAGCACCAUACCUCACAGCACCUCGGCAGCAGCCAGGAUGGCAGGGCCAGCUCUGAACCCCUACGUGCAAUCCAAGAGAUCCAGACAGCGGAGCUGAGCCCAGAGAUCCCCCCAGGCUUGCAGAAGAGCAGACUUUCAUGUUUCAGGAUAACUCCAAAGUAUUUACAUGAAUGCUGCAUGUGUGCAUGGGGGCAAUGACUGAUCAGCAAUAGUAGUUUUAUUUUCCAGGAAAGCCUUAUAUGAAAUGUAAUUAGGCACUUAUUUUGUAGGGCCAGGAGGGGUAUAUUUUGCAUACACGAAUGGAAAGACUUACCUCAGAAAUACCAAGAGAAAUGCAGUUUGAUGAGGAAUCCUCUGGUUAAAGACCUACCUUGCCAUCUAGCACAAGCAGUCUCAGCUGCCAGCCUGACCAGGGUCUGUGUGUGUUGCCGUCAACAUUGAGAUGAGAGAGCAGAGAUGAGGCUCAGAUUUUUGGGUUUGUUUUUUUUUUCAAAGCUGGAUUUUCAAUCCAAAUGCAACAAUGUGCAUAAAGCUUAACAGGAAAAAAAAAAAACGAAAAAAAAAAACAACAAAGGAAGUACCUUGUUGUAUAUUAUUAGCAUUAGCUUAGAAAAUAGGCACCAAAAUGGCAAUACUUUUUUAAGGCAAGACAGAUUUGUAAUAUAUUUGUUCACUGUGCAAAGGUAUUCUACCUUGUACAAAAUAAAUCAAAUUUCUCUCAA